CUGAAGAACAUUAAAAAAAAACUUUUAAUGCCUGAACAACUUAUAUUACCAUAAUGGUCUGCUUUUGAGGAACACGUGUACUGUAUUUUAUAGAUUUGCUUUAUAAUUGGUCAGAGACAAAAGAGUAACCAUAAUUGAUAGUACAUAUUUAAUUUUAAAUAAUAAUAAUUUAUUUUCAUUUUUAGUACAAAUUUUGAAAAAAAAAGGAAGAGCUAGUGCUUCGAAAAUGAAGAAACCAGCAGAAGGAACAGGGGUGGCCAUUAGGAAGAGAUCUAAGUUGCCUGGAGUUAUGAUCACUCAAUACGUUGAAGAACUGCCGCCUGGAAUGACUACUCCAGAUUUUACUAGAAAACCCAUACCCUUAACUAUCCAGGAAGGCAAGCAGGCCCUUUUCACAGCUAUUGUAAAUGGAGAUCCAGUACCGGAGGUCUCGUGGGGAUGUAACAAGGGAGAUAUCUCUGAUACAGAAAAAUAUAUAACAAGAUUUGAUCAAAAAAAUGGAGAAUAUAUACUGGAGUUACCACAUGUGUCUUCAGAACAAGCAGACACUUAUAAAUGCCUUGCCAUAAAUCCAUUCGGAAGAGCUGUUUGUACCGCUGCGCUGAAUGUUAUUGAGGUUGGGUUCAAAAAGAGAAAGCCAGCCCCCAAAAAUGACCCUGAGGAUUUCAGAAAAAUGUUGAAGAAAAAAGUUGUUCUGAGAAAAGAAAAGCCAUGUAAGGAGGGAGAAAUUGAUCCAAGGUUCUGGGAGGUGUUGCUGAGUGCACACAGGAAAGAUUACGAGCGCAUCUGUCGUGAAUAUGGAGUCACUGACUUUCGCUGGAUGCUGAGAAAACUCAACCAAAUGAAGAUGGAAAGAGAAGCGGAGCAAUCUAAGUAUGUUGAGAAAGUCGACAGCAUGAAACAGAUAGAGGUAAAAACUGAUGGAACAGCUAAGUUUGAACUCGACAUGAAGUUGAAGGAUCCCAGCAAUAAAAUCUUGCUUUACAAAGAUGGGAAAAUGCUUGACUAUGGGGAUGGAUCUGAUGACUCCAAAAGACAUAAUAUGAAACAAUUUGGUGAAACAUACUUGUUUAGCAUUAGGGAUCUUGUCCCAGAAGAUGCUGGAUUAUAUCAAGUGGAUGUUGAGGAUGCAAACAUGUUCUCAACUUCCUUAAGCUUACCUAAUGUGCAUUUUGAAGGCGCUUUGAAGGACACUACAGUGGUUCAGGGUCAGGAUGCAGUGUUUGAGUGUUCCCUAUCGAAACCUCUUCCACAAAUAACCUGGUGCGCCAAUGACAUCACGGUUGAGCAUGGAGAAAAAUAUGACAUCACAGUCUCUAAAAACAAGCACAUUCACAAACUGGCAGUCAAAAACUGUAAAGCAGAGGAUACGGGAGUCUACUCGGCUAUUGCGGGACUCAAGUCAAGCCAGGGGAUUUUAGUUGUUGAAGAAGAUAAUGCCCAUGACCAAGCUGAUGAAGUGGACGAACUUGCUAGACGUCUAGUUGAAGAGCAAACCAGACUGCAAAGGGAAAAGGACGAGGCGGAAAGAAAAUCCCAGGAAGAAAGAGAUGAGGCGGCCAGGAGAAAAGCCCAUUCAGAAAAAGAUGAGGCAGAGUGGAAAACCCAGGAAGAAAGAGAUGAAGCAACCAGGAAAGCCCAGGCAGAAAAAGAUGACGCAGCGUGGAAAACCCAGGAAGAAAGAGAUGAAGCAGCAAGGAAAGCCCAGGCCGAAAAAGAUGCGGCAGCGAGGAAAGCCCAGGCUGAAAGAGAUGAGGCGGCCAGGAGAAAAGCCCAGGAAGAAAAAGAUGAAGCAGCAAGGAAAUCCCAGGCUGAUCGAGAUGAGGCGGCCAGGAGAAAAGCCCAGACAGAAAAUGAUGAGGCUGCGAGGAAAGCCCAGGCUGAACGAGAUGAGUUGGCCAGGAGGAAAGCCCAGGCUGAUCAAGAUGAGGCGGCUAGGAAGAAAGCCCAGGAAGAAAGAGAUGAGGCAGCCAGGAGGAAAGUCCAGGCAGAAAGAGAUGAGGCGGCUAGGAAGAAAGCCCAGGAAGAAAGAGAUGAGGCGUCUAGGAGGAAAGCCCAGGCAGAAAAAGAUGAGGCAGCCAGGAGGAAAGCCCAGGCAGAAAAAGAUGAGGCGGCCAAGAGGAAAGCCAAGGAAGAAAGAGAUGAGGAGGCUAGGAAGAAAGCCCAGGAAGAAAGAGAUGAGGCGGCUAGGAAAGCCCAGGCUGAACAAGAUGAGGCAGCCAGGAGAAAAGCCCAGGAAGAAAGAGAUGAGGCGGCCAGGAGGAAAGCCCAGGAAGAAAGAGAUGAGGCGGCCAGGAGGAAAGCCCAGGCUGAACAAGAUGAGGCGGCAAGGAGGAAAGCCCAGGCAGAAAAAGAUGAAGCAGUGAGGAAAGCCCAGGCAGAAAAAGAUGAGGCAGCGAGGAAAGCAAAGGCUGAACGAGAUGAGGUGACCAGGAGGAAAGCCCAGGAAGAAAAAGAUGGGGCAGCCAGGAGGAAAGCCCAGGAAGAAAAAGAUGGGGCAGCGAGGAAAGCCCAGGCUGAACGAGAUGAGGCAGCCAGGAGAAAAGCCCAGGAAGAAAGAGAUGAGGUGGCCAGGAGGAAAGUCCAGGAAGAAAGAGAUGAGGCGGCCAAGAGGAAAGCCCAGGCUGAACGAGAUGAGGCAGCCAGGAGGGAAGCCCAGGCUGAACGGGAUGAGGCGGCCAGGAGGAAAGCCCAGGCUGAACGGGAUGAGGCGGCCAGGAGGAAAGCCCAGGCUGAACGGGAUGAGGCGGCCAGGAGGAAAGCCCAGGCUGAACGGGAUGAGGCGGCCAGGAGGAAAGCCCAGGCUGAACGGGAUGAGGCGGCCAGGAGGAAAGCCCAGGAAGAAAAAGAUGAGGCAGCGAGGAAAGCUCAGGCUGAACGAGAUGAGGCGGCCAGGAGGAAAGCCCAGGAAGAAAAAGAUGAGGCAGCGAGGAAAGCUCAGGCUGAACGGGAUGAGGCGGCCAGGAGGAAAGCCCAGGAAGAAAAAGAUGAGGCAGCGAGGAAUGCCCAGGCUGAAAGAGAUGAGGCGGCCAGGAGGAAUGCCCAGGCUGAACGGGAUGAGGCGGCCAGGAGGAAAAGCCAGGCUGAACGGGAUGAGGCGGCCAGGAGGAAAGCCCAGGAAGAAAAAGAUGAGGCAGCAAGGAAAGCCCAGGCUGAACGGGAUGAGGCGGCCAGGAGGAAAGCCCAGGAAGAAAAAGAUGAGGCAGCAAGGAAAGCCCAGGCUGAACGGGAUGAGGCGGCCAGGAGGAAAGCCCAGGAAGAAAAAGAUGAGGCAGCGAGGAAAGCUCAGGCUGAGCGAGAUGAGGCGGCCAGGAGAAAAGCCCAGGCUGAACGAGAGGAGGCGGCCAGGAGGAAAGCCCAGGUAAAAAAAGAUGAGGCAGUGAUGAAAGCCCAGGCAGGAAAAGAUGAGGCAGCAAGGAAAGCCCAGGCAGGAAAAGAUGAGGCAGCUAGGAGGGCACAGGCUGAAAAAGAUGAAGCAGCGAGGAGGGUACAUGAGGAGAGAGACGAGGCAGCGAGGAAGGCACAGGCGGAGAGAGAUGAAGCACAGAAGAAGGCAAAGGUGGAGAGAGAUGAGGCAGCGAGGAAGGCACAGGAGGAAGUAGAUGAGGCAGCGAGAAAGUCGCAGGCUGAGCAAGAUGCUGCCAAUAGGAUGGCAGCCAUGGCGGCAAGGAAUGGAGAUGCCAAUAUUGGAUCUUCUCUGGGAGAAACAGGGAAGGAUGAAAAAGGAGAUGGAGAUAAAAAACGUAAGAAGCGAGUUGGUAAACUUGUUCCUGACACCAUUUUAGACCACAGAGUUCACUUCUUGAGCGGUUUGUCUAAUACUGCAGCCAAAGUCGGAGAACGAGCAGAAUUGUCCUGCAAGCUUAGCAGUGAAGAUAGCACUGGGAUGUGGUACAAAGAUGGCAAAGAGUUGAAGCCUAAGGAUGCAAUUACGGUGGUCAAAGAUGGGGCUCAACACAAACUCAUCAUCAACAACUGCCAGGAUAAAGAUUCAGGGAAAUACAAGUUUGAGGCAGAAGGAUGUAAAUCAGAGGCUACAUUAACCAUUAAGGAUCCUCCUAAAAUUGACACAGAUGCCCUGAGUAAAUUCUCAGAGCCUGUUAAUAUCAAAGCCGGAGAGAGCGCUUCCUUCAAGCUGCCGUUCUCAGGGAAAGAUCCCAUUAGGAUUCAGUGGUUUAAAGAUGACGAGGAGCUGCAAGAGGGUCACGGUGUCAAAAUCGAGAAGUCUUCAACUUACAGCCGCCUCCGUCUCACUAAGUGCCAGCGCAAAGAUACGGGCGAGAUUAAAGUCAAAAUCAAGAAUGAGUUUGCCACCGUGGAGGCAUCAUCAAAACUUAUUGUGUUUGAUAAACCAACUCCCCCUCAAGGGCCUGUGGAAACUGUUGAAUGCUCCUUGUCUGCCAUCGAGUUUAAAUGGAAGCCCCCAAAAUAUGAUGGCGGCUGCAAAGUGACUAAUUACAACCUGGAACGACAGCAGGUUGGACGAAACACCUGGACUAAAAUCGGAGACAUUCCUGAACAGCCUACCUACAGAGACACAGAUGUCGAACGCGGUCGAAAGUACUGCUACAAAAUACGGGCAAAAAACUCUGAAGGCCUCAGCGAUAACUUGACAAGUGAGGCUAUUGCUGCAGGCAGUUUGGCAUUUCCCGGUUCUCCUGCUCCUCCAAAAAUAGUCAGUGCCUUCAAAGGCUGCAUUAACCUGGCAUGGCUCCCUCCAUCGAACACCGGGGGUGGCAGCAUUAUCGGCUACAAUGUGGAAAAACGCAAAAAGGGCAGCAAUAUAUGGAGUCAAGUGAACCCAAAAGAUGAGCCAAUCAGAGAGAAAAAAUACGCUGUAAAAGACAUUAUAGAAGGAGCGGGGUAUGAAUUCAGGGUGAGUGUUAUUAACACAUGUGGCCCUGGGGAACCGAGUUGGCCCUCUGAAUGUGUCUUCGCAAGAGACCCCAAAAAGCCUCCUGGUCAAGUCAAAGAUCUCAAAAUAACUGGAUCCAGCUACACCAAUCUAUCCCUAUCAUGGACUAAACCAACAGAGGUAAAAGGUGUGGAAGAUGAAGCAAAAGGCUAUUUUUUGGAAAUCAGACCCACAGCUCAACUUGACUGGAGUCGAUGCAAUACAAAUGCGGUGAUUCAGACUUCCUUCACUAUCGUGGGCCUGAAGUCAAUGGCCACUUAUUGGGUAAGAGUUAUUGCGACAAAUGAAGGAGGGGAGGGGCUUCCACAAGGCUUGGACAAUUACAUCAUCGCCAUGCCGCCACCAGUUAAACCAAAGUUCAUUGACAGUAAAAUGAAGAGCUUUAUGGUUGUUAAAGCAGGAAAUACUGUGCAUGUCCGCGUCAGUUUUGAGGCCUCUCCUUUACCCGACAUCACAUGGCUAAAAGAUGGCUUUCCCGUAGGCAAACAUGGGACGAUUACUAAUUUUGAAAAAGGCUCUCACCUAUUUAUUUACACAUCAGAGCCGUGUGACACUGGCAUCUAUACGGUCACUAUCAAGAAUGUGGUGGGCCAGGACACUUUCAGUAUUGAAAUUAGAAUCGCUGAUGAUCCCAAACCUCCAGGUCCAGUUGAACUGGAACAGAAUGUUCAAGGCACUGUGACAAUAACAUGGGCUCCAUCUCCUGACGAAAAACGGGACGACCGUCUGCACUACAUGGUCAUGCAGAGGGACUCGAUUAAGGGGACAUGGGGCACCAUCGUUGACCAUUUGUUCAACAACAAAUUCACUGUCAUCAACAUCUUGCCUGGAAGAGAAUACAACUUCAGAGUUUUUGCAAAGAAUGACAUAGGCCUUUCAGAGCCAUCAGUGUCUCCGGUUUGGGGAACCACAAAGAAAAAAGAAAAAUUCACAUGUGACUUGCCCAAAUCAAAGACCAUCGACUUCCAGGUAGCCCCUAAAUUUAUUGUCCCCUUGAAGCUUCAUUCAGCUCCACCGGGUUAUGAGUGCUACAUGAGCUGUGCCGUUAUUGGCAACCCGACUCCACAUAUCACCUGGUACCAUGACAACGUCAGCCUCAACACGAACCCCAACUACUACAUCACAAAUGUGUGUGGCGUUUGUUCAUUGCUUAUUCUGAUGGUUGGACCCAAAGAUAUGGGAGAGUACAAGGUUGUGGCUGAAAGCCCCCUGGGACAGGUUGAGUGCUCCACCAAACUUGUAGUUAGAGAGUAAAGGAAGAAAAACAGUGUAUGCAUUCUUGUUUCUUGCAAGUCAAAUUGAUAAUGUAUAAAUGAUAUAUUAUGAUUCGAUAAAUAAAUACAAAUAUUUUCCAUGGCAUUUUUGUCACUUUGUCAGCAUUUCUAAA